CUGGUUGAUCAAAGCCUCACCCUGAUUUUCACCAGCUCAGACCAGGGACACAGUCUUGUUCUUAACAUGUCUCCCACACUUGGGCAGGCCCUGUGCCCCCUCCUGACCAUCCUUCAGCUGGGACUCACAGCUGGGCAGCCCUUCAUCUCUCUGAUGGGUCCAUCUCAGAGGAUAAUUCCAGACAUAUCAGAACCUUUCAACUGCACUGCUGGCCCCUUCAGCUCCAGGGAUGCCAAUGUCACUUGGUUUAAGAACAGCGAUGAACAUCCAGCCUCAGUCCAACACCACAUGGCUGACAACAAAGGCAUGUACUCCAUCAGCAGCAAGGCAUGGGUGACACUGACUGGAGAAGACAUCUUGUCUCAUAUCACUUGUGAAGUUACCCAUAGCGACCUUCAAGAGCCCGUGCGAAUGACCAUGAAUCUCUCCCAAGUGCUCUACAUUAUCCCCUCCCUAAAUAUCACCAAGUCCUCUGAGUCCUCUGACCAUGAUCAUCACAGAGUGAACCUCACUUGCCAUGUGAACCAUUUCUACCCUUCCCACCUGAAGCUCAUCUGGAUGAAAAAUGGGCACAAGAUCCUCGAGGAAUUCCCUGAGGUCACAAGCAACCUGGAUGGAACAUACUCUCUGGAGCACAAGCUGCCGGAGGAGGUCACACUGGAUGGCAGUGAGUUUGCCUGCUGGGUGGUCCAGGGUGACCAGGCCCCAGUCAAAGCGGCCAUCACAGUGCAGGCCUCCAGAAAGAGCACAGGAAGGAUGUCCCCAUCACAGAGGAUCUCUGCCAGCUUGGAAGGCCCCCAGCAGCGAUCUGAGCCUGGCACAAGCAUCCAGCUAAUGUACACAUUGAUCAGAUUACAAACACGUCAUGUUACGAUGACCUGCUUCAAAAACAAUCACAAACUCCAGACCAAGUCCCAGACCAAGGUGUUCUCUGGUGGAGACACCUAUAAUAUCACCAGCACUGUGUUUGUCCCACUGAACAAAGAUGAUAUGUUGUCCUUUGUCCAUUGUGAGGUAAAGCAGAAGUCAACACUGAUUCUCCAGAAAAACAUCAGCCUGAGCCAGUACCUACGUGUGCCCCCUGCAGUGACAGUGUCCCAUUCUCCAAUCUCCUCUGGCUUGGUGACCAUUACCUGUCAUGUGCAGAGAUUUUAUCCAGAGAAUGUGCACAUCAUCUGGCUGGAAGACUGUCAUACACUCAAGGGAACUGCGGAACUUGUGUUCAAGAGGAAUACUGAUGGUUCCUACACCAAGCAAUGCUCACAGUUGGUAAACAUAUCAGUGCAGGGGCCUGAGCGGGUGUUCACCUGCAGGGUGCAGCAAGAGAAACAAGAUUUCAUCCAGGCCAGCCUCAUAUUGCCCACCACAAACAAGUCCACUGAAAGCCCAGGUCAAGAGACAUCUGCCUUCAUCUUCAUGGCCUUCGUCCUGGGCCUCAAAGUCCUGCUUGUGGUGAGUUUCACAGUCACCUAUGUCUGCAGGUGGUGGAACCUGUGACAGGGUGUACAUGUCUUGUGAUUGACACAUUGCUUCCAACCCUCUUACAAGGGCUACAGUGGAGAACAGAAGCCACAAGGACUCAAGACCUUUGACCUUUUCUCUAUUACCCUUAUCACAGACAUUCUCUCCCUCCAUUUUGUUCUCAUGUUCCCUCCCUCAGGACUUUUGGGCUGGGUCAGCGACAGAGCUGGGUUGUGGGAACUGGCAAUGUCUGAACCCUGAUGUAUUACUGAACUUGAAAUUGGCUCUGCUUCUAUCAAAGGAGAAUGAAACCGAUUGGGAAAAUAGAUGUCUGCUCUGCUCUGAUCAUGAAUUUCCAGAAGAAUUUCAUUUUUAUCUAGGCUUUUAACAUACAGAAAGUUCGAAAUUUCUGGUAUGUUGAACAUGCAUUUUUCUAUUCUGAAAUGUAUAAGAAUCAAUAUAAAAAUAUCCCUGGACCUACUACCCAAAUCUUGCAAAAUAUUAGCAAUUUACCAUUAUGUUAUUCAUUUCCUUUUAAAAUCUUUGUCCUGAAUUGGUGUUCAUCUUUCUGAAUGUGACUUUAUAUUUUUAUUACACAUGUAUAAACUUCAAAACAAUAUAUAAUAUUAUUUUUCAUAUUUUAUAUUUUGUAUAAAUGCUGUUAUUUUGUAACCAGCAUUUUGGAACUUUUUAAUGCUUAACAUAGUAUGUGAAUUUAUUGUUGCUGACAUAUAUAGCUCUGUUUUACUAAUUUUUCACUAUUGUAUGGUUCUCUAAUAUGGAGAAUAGCACACAAUUCAUCAAUUGUUUUAUAAUGGACAUUGAAACUUUAGUGUUUUUGUGAGAAUAAUUCUGUCUUAAAUAUUCUUAUGUUUAUUUCCUUGGGCACCUGUGAAAUAUUUCUUUUGUUCUAGUGUGUUCCACAAAGCAACAGUGUUGGGAACGUUUGGGAAUUAUUGUUACACAAAGAUAAAUUUUCUAUUUUUGGUCAAGCUGGUCAUUUGUAUUUAACCUAACUGUAUUUUAUUUGAUGUAUGAGUGUUUUAUCAGGAUCUUUUUUCCUACAAGAUAAAUUACCCGGCACUCACUGAUACCUACUGCCACCAUUGCCAUACAUCAAGUUUCUAAAAUCGGGGGUUAUUUUGAUGAGCACUUUUUUCUACUAACCUACUUUUCUAUUUCUGUCAAUAUUAUACUGUUUUAGAAUAGCUUUACAAUGUUUUUUCUCAUCUCUUUUCAGCAAACCAGUUUAUUUUAUUUCUUUCAAAAUUAUUGUAGCUAAGCUCCAAAGCAUUUUAGAAUUAUUUUGUCAAGUUUUAUGAAAAAUCUCUUUAGAAUCAUUAUAUUAUGUUUAAUAUGUAUAAAUAACUCACUUGAAAAAUUAUAUAUUGGGCAACCUGAUAUAUUUCUGCCAGAGAGUCUUCACAUACAUGGGCAUGAUAUUCCUCUAUUUAGAAUUUUUUCAUUAUUUUCAAUUCAGAAUUACACAGUCCUUUCCCCUAAAAUAAUCUUACACAUCUUUAAUUAAAGCAAUCUUUAGUACUUGAUAUCUAUUAAAU